AUGCCGCGCCCAACCAUGCAACACAUGCAGGAGGAGGGAGGCAGGAGAGGAACAGAAACACAACAGAGCUGGUGUCUGCAGACGGGCAAAGAGGUGAAGGAGUUUGCAACAAUAACAGCAGCAUCCAAAGAGCGGAUCACUACGGCACAUUCUGAGUUGACGGGAUCAGAGGAUGGAUUAAACAACUUUGACAGAGUAAAAACUGAAGUGAGUGCUGUUGAGAAACAAUAUAAGGAUCCCGUGGAACUGGAAGAUCCUGAUGAAAAGUCACAGAGGAAUGAAAAUAGCAACCCAGGAACGUGGACUUCUAAGGACAGAAAAGAAGCUGAAGAUGACUAUGAGAAGUUGAGAGAUGAGAAAAAAGCCAUUGUAGAAUCUCGGACAACUCAAGAAGAAGGGUCUCAAAUUGAUCGCAAUGAGCUUCAAAGGGAAGAGGAAGAGUUUACAGAUGAUGAGGAAGCAGACCAUUCGACGGACGAAGAAGCAGAUGGCAAUGACGAAGACACAGUAAAGAUUUACUGCAACGAUGAUUAUCGCACUGACGUAUUCCGCACCUUGACAGAGUUCAGGGACUCCUCCCUUCUCACUGACCUUACUUUGAGCACAAAGGAAGGGAAGAGUUUCCACGUACACUCCCUUGUCCUUGCUGCUGUCAGCCUCCGUAUCCGAGAAAGACUCCGUAGAAGUAGUGUAGAUAAUGAGAGAGUUAAUGAGAGAAAAGAUGCAAGUGUUGGAGUCCACAGUUGGACAGUGUCUCUGGGUCCAGAGGUGGAUCAGGUUGGAUUGAAGGCAGUUGUGGAUUUCGCCUACACUGGACUCAUAUUAUGUUUGAACCAGACCACAUGGCACCAGAUUAAGGCUGCAGCUCAAACGCUGGGCGCCCCUAGGGUGCUGGAUCUCUGCAAAGAGGAAGAGGAAAAGUACACAAAAACUGGAGGGCAGGGGAAAGACGACAAGAUCUCGGCUGCAGAACAAAUGAAGAUCAGUCUUCAGUCCAUCAAACAGUUGAGGAUGGAAAGAGUGGGCUGUGAUGUCAUUCUGGAAGCUCUCGGAGGAUCGCUUUAUGUCCACAGAGUCAUCCUGGCUGUGUGCAGCGACUACUUCCGUGGCAUGUUCACCUCGGGGAUGAAGGAGUCCCAUCAGCCUUUCGUGACCCUUCCCUUCCUUUUGGCAUCAGAGCUGGAGGCUCUGAUUGACUGCUCCUAUGAUGGGAGUAUCCCCAUCAGCUGGAGCUGUGUCUUCGAGAUCACCAGCAUUGCUCUCCAGCUCCAGUACCAGCCUGCCCUCUCCUUGUGCCUCAACUUUCUGCAUCAAGAAAUAAAUCCUCACUCCUGUCUGGAUGUGGCAUCUUUUGCGGAGGCCUACGAGAUGGUGCAGCUUCUUGAAGUCGCAGAUGAUUUUGUUCAGCGGCAAUUCCAAAAAGUGUCUCGUUUCUCAAAGUUCAAGGACCUGCCAGUCAAAAAGCUCUUGAAGUACUUAAAUAGUCGCUCGCUCUGUGUUCCAUCUGAGCUUGUUAUGUUCAAAGCAGUGGCAGCAUGGAUCCAAGCAAAACCCCGAAAAAGGUUGAAGUUCGCUAAAGAACUAAUGAAAACCAUCCACUUUCCCCUGAUGACGUCCGAGGAAUUCAAAGAGGUCCAAUCGCUGAAUAUGUGGUCCGAUCGCAGCCUGGCGGACCUCUAUGAAGCAGUUUUUGAGGAUUACUGCUCGAAUGAGAGUCACUGCCGGAUCUAUCUCCCGAAAGAGAGUCUGGUCUUGAUUGGAGGCGACCAGAUCUCUGAAGACCUGGGUAACCGCAGCAUCAGCAGAGAACUCUGGUUUGUGAAUUCCCUGAGGAACCAUAUAGGGAUAAAAAAGGCCAUGGAGUGGAGAAAGUUGGGAGAGAUGCCAGAGCCAGCGAGGUACAGUCAUGAGGUGGCUGUCCUCAAAGGACAACUAUACGUGUUUGGAGGGAAGAAGUACUACGGCAUCGGCGACACCCUGAGUUCUAGUUACAGGUAUGACCCCCUUCAAAACAGCUGGGAGAGGCUGGCCGAAAUGCAGGAAAAGAGAUGCUCUUUCUCUGUGGCGGUGCUGGAUGGACAGAUAUAUGCCAUUGGUGGACAUUGUGACCCUGAAUAUAUUGAGAGUGUGGAACGAUACUGCCCCACUGGAAACUCCUGGAGCUUCAGGUGGCCCUUGGAUCUGCCUUUGGCCGGCCAUGUAGCAAAAGUUUUACAAGGCCGGAUCUUUGUCUCAGGAGGGCUGAGCAGCAACUGCCAAUGUCUUGCAUCUAUGUUUCUAUACCGCCCAGAGACGGGAAGCUCUUAUUUGGCAAACAUGGCGAAGCCCCGAGCUCGUCACUGCAUGGAGACCCUGGGCGACCGUCUCUACGUAGCAGGUGGAGUCACCGUGGACGACAGCGUGUGCAUUGUUGACCAGCUAGAUUGCGAGGUGUACAAUCCAGUGGCUGACUCCUGGACUGCCUUCGCGUCUCUGCCAGUGCCACAUGUGGGAGCAGGAGGCGCGGUUCAGGAGGGGAAGUUUUACGUGCUGGGUGGAUACAGCGAGGACGACUACAGUGACACUGGGACGGUCCAUCGGUAUGAUCCCGCCACACAGAGAUGGGAGAACAUGGGCAACAUGCCCGGGCCGAACAAUGACAUACGAGCAUCUGUGCUGCGUUUGCCACCAGAUCUCCGCUUGUAA